AUGGCAUCCCACCACGAUUCGGCAAACCACUCGGCCGAGAGCACGGAAAGCUAUCAGGAUGACAUGGAGGAGGCCCCGCGGGGACGGGAACGGAGUCGUGACGGGCCCGGCGGGGAUAUGAUGGAGGGGAGCGAGACCUCCGGGAGUGGGCAGAUCGGUGCGGAAACUCCGACCACGCGGAAGAGACGGAGGAGUCGGAAAGGCCUGGACAAGAAGUUCGAGUGUCCCUAUCCCGGCUGCGGGAAGUCGUACUCGCGCGCUGAGCACCUGUACCGACAUCAAUUGAACCAUCAGCCCAAGCAGAUUUAUUUCUGCGAUUUCCCCCAGUGCAAGCGAUCGUUCGUUCGGCAAGACCUAUGCACGCGGCAUCGAGAGCGACAUACAAAUCGAGGCUCGCAUCUGCAACGCAAGGACAACCUGGAGCGGACAAGCCUACAUAUCAAAAGCAUGAACGACCCGAAGAGUACCUUGCCCAGCAAGUAUUCGCUGUCACCCGAAUCGCCGACGGCGCCGAUGCUGAUUAAAAGAGAGGCUCAGAGCCCAUCGCAGCCGCCUCAUCCUGGCGGGGGAAUGGCCAGCGUUCAACACAUGUUUAGCGACAAAAACUCGGUGAGUGCAUCGGUCGACAAUAGCGGUCCUGAGGUGAUGUUCAGCGCGCGACGCAGUCCGCGCGUCCAGCCACCGGGUCUGAACGUGGUUUCGAACAAGCCCGGGCUCAGCCGCCCAACCCUCCAGGCCGUCACCACUCCUACGACGAACAUGCACGGACUGUCCCUCCAGUCGCCGUAUACAGCGUCACCAGCACCCUCCUCGGCGACGUCGUUCAGCUCCAGCUUGGGCAACAACGCUCCGGCUCCGGCUCAGCCGGCAUCGGCGCCAGCUCAGAGUUCGGGCGCCCAAUUCGCGAACCAGCCGGGAUACCAGCCAUUCGCACUCCCGCAACCGGCAUAUCCAAGCCUCAGUCACCCGGCUACGACCGUUUCGGGACACAGCUACAUCCCCCCCGGAGCCACAACGAUCUCGAUGGAGCAGUCGAUCGCAGCCGCGACGACCCAGUCGAUGGAUCCGUUGGAUCCCAUGUCUCUGCAGUACACCAUCCCCGUGUUUGGCGAAUCCGGCUACAGCCGAUCGCCGCAAUGGGGACAUGUCGCUGGAAUGGCCGGAGAUUGGCUGGACAUGCUGAUGGGCGCUGAUCCCGGCGGCAAUCAGAUGGCCAUGGGCAACCCCUACAACCUGGACAUCCAAGGCAUUCCCCAGGACAUCUAUGGUGUGCAGGACUAUCAACACACUUUCUUCAGUACGUCUCUCAACACGCAUCCGAUGAACAUAAAUACCAUCGCACCACCGAGCCCGCCGCAGGAAUCGCUUCUUUCCGACAACAAGCGGCAGCAGGUGCUGUACAUGGUGGAUGGAUUCGCAGACGUCCAAUCCAACUUCCCCGAAGGGAUCCUGUCGGGAUCGUCGGCCGAGGACGAGAGACACCCCCUCAGCCUCUCCAUGAUGCAAACGUACAUCUCGCUCUAUUGGGCACACUUUCAUCCCCAGCUUCCGAUACUGCAUCGUCCAACAUUCUCGACCGAAAAGACGCCGGAUGUGUUGCUCCUGUGCGUCAUCAUCAUCGGGGCUGCUUGCAUAGACAUCAAGCACGAGCCGGAUAUGGCGCUCGUGGCGAUGGAUAUGGCCAACCUGGUGUCCCGCAACAUGCGCUGGACAAUAUUCGGCGAGGAGGAUUUCCGGCCCCCAGCUAAACUUUGGGUAUUUCAGGCGUUGCUUCUUCUCGAGACGUUCGAGAAGAUGUAUGCUGACAGGAGGCUUCACGAACGAGCGCACAUCCACCACGCGACAACGUUGACACUGAUGAGGCGUGGUUCCUCGCUUACCGGGCGCUCCGGCGCAUUCGAUUCGCCGCAGAGUGGCCGAGACGCAAAAUCCGGCAGCGAUGGAAGCAGCAUCACCUUCAGUGGACAACCGGGAGGCGGGACGGGGAACAGUAGCGACGAGGCUUGGAAUCGGUGGAUCAUGCAGGAGGCGACGAAACGCGUGGCGUUUGCGGCGUUUGUGAUUGAUGCCACCCAUGCCACCAUGUUCGGUCACUCGGCGGUCAUGGUUGCACACGAGAUGAGACUCCAGCUGCCGUGCGAUGAAACGCUGUGGGCCGCGAACAACGCUUCGGAGGUCUUCAGCAUUCAACAGUCGCUGCUGCAGAACAACGUCCACACCCCCACUUUCCUGGAAGGUCUGCGCAAAACGUUGCGUGGGGAGCAUGUCUCGACAAAUGCAUUCGGCCGUACGAUUCUCAUGUCCGGCUUGUUGAGCGUUGGAUGGCACCUCAAUCAGCGAGAUGUGCAGAUAUCUUCGCUAGGUGUGGUACAGCAACUCGGCGGCAAGGAGAGAUGGCGUGCUACCCUAACACAGUCGUUCGACCAUUGGAAGAAGGAUUUUGACACCUCGUUGGACAAACUCCGGCACCAGAACAUUGGCGGUGUCUACUAUGCGACCGGGGAUAUCGAGCACGAGAACAUCUUUGAGAGCCGCAUCGUGCUGCAUCACCUCGCCCACAUGUCCAUGCACGUCGACAUCGUCGACCUUCAAAUCUACGCGGGAGCCCGCCGACUCCUUGGCCGAUCGAUUACCCGCCAUGAUGCCGAAAACACGCGGAAAAAGGUCAAGCAAUGGGCGCCGACGGCUCAAGCACGAGAUGCCGCUUUCUACGCGCUUCAGUUCCUCAGCAAGGUGUUGCUGCCGGAAGAACGGGCGGAUAUGCAGUACGACGACAACGACGACCAGCCGCCAACGCCGAACUCGCGAACCAUGAGCGUUGCCGGUAGCACCACCGGGGUGCCAGUGUACUCUGCGCGCGACGACCAUCUCCUCAACCGGCCGUGGGUUCUGUAUGUUGCCUGUCUGGUCGUCUGGUCGUACGGGUAUGCUCUCGAAGGGUCGCUCGAACAACCGGUUCGCAUGCCGGCCAAUCAGCAAGAGGCCUUCGCCUCCAUGCGGACUUUCCUGAAGGCGGCGGGGCUCCUGAAGUCGCCGACGGAGCUCGGCGGUAUGCUGAAUAAGAACGCGUGCUUAGGCUUGCUAGUGACGCUACAGGAGAUGUUUGUGCAGUGUCGGUGGGAACUGCUGAUCGAGGCAGCGCGGCUGCUCAAGAACUGCAUCAACAUCACCACGGGAGACAUAUCGAACUAG